AUGGGUGUGCAAAAGGAAGAUGUGGAACAGUUCCUCAAAGGGAAUCCUGCAUUUGCUAAACAGUACUUUGCCAAGAAGAUGAGCCCUGCUUCCAUUUCAAAGGUGUCAGGAUUCCCAGAGAAACAGGUUGACUUCAGUGAGUUCCAGGAGCUCAGUCAGGUUGAGGAAAGCCAAAUCAUGUACGACCUGAUCAAAGACAUGCAGGAGAACAUCAACGUGGAGAAGGUGGUCUUCAAGAUCCUGAAGAGACUCAGCUCUCUCAUCCAGGCUGACCGGUGCAGCUUGUUCAUGUACCGGCAGCGGAACGGCAUUGGAGAGCUCGCCACAAGGCUCUUCAAUGUCAGCACGGAGGCAGAGUUGGAUGACUGUGUGGUGCCACCAGACUCUGAGAUCGUCUAUCCACUGGACAUGGGAAUAGUUGGCCACGUUGCCCAGACCAAGAAGACUGUUAAUGUCAAAGAUGUCAGAGAGAGCCAGUACUUCAGCUCAUUUGUGGAUGAACUCACAGAGUACGAGACCAGGAACGUUCUGGCUACGGCCAUCCUCAACGGUAAAGACAUGGUGGCAGUGAUCAUGGCUCUAAACAAGACCACGGGACCACAUUUCACUCCUGAGGAUGAAGACCUUUUUUUAAAGUAUCUGAAAAUUGCCAAUUUGAACUUGAAGAUCUACCAUCUGAGUUACCUCCAUAGCUGUGAGACACGUAAAGGACAGCUGCUGCUGUGGUCUGCCAACAAGGUAUUUGAAGAGCUGACAGACAUUGAGCGACAGUUUCACAAAGCCUUGUACACAGUCCGAGCCUACCUCAACUGUGACCGCUACUCCGUUGGCUUACUUGACAUGACAAAGGAUAAGGAGUUCUUUGACAUCUGGCCAGUGUUGAUGGGAGAGCAGCAACCUUACUCUGGCCCCGUAACUCCUGAUGGCAGGGAGGUAAAUUUCUACAAAGUGAUUGAUUAUAUAUUACAUGGAAAAGAAGACAUUAAAGUAAUACCCAAUCCACCUGCAGAUCACUGGGCCUUGAGCAGUGGCCUGCCAACUUAUGUUGCUGAGAGUGGUUUUAUUUGUAACAUUAUGCAUGCAGCUGCUGAUGAGAUGUUCAAGUUUCAGACUGAGCCACUUGACAGCAGUGGUUGGACCAUAAAAAAUGUUCUCUCACUGCCAAUUGUCAACAAAAAAGAAGAGAUAGUAGGCGUGGCCACCUUUUACAACAGAAAAGAUGGAAAGCCUUUUGAUGAUCAGGACGAGCAGCUCAUGGAGGCUUUGACUCAGUUCCUGGGCUGGUCGGUUUUGAACACGGACACUUAUGACAAAAUGAACAAGCUGGAGAAUCGCAAAGACAUCGCUCAGGACAUGGUGCUCUACCAUGUCAAAUGUCGGGAUGAUGAGAUUCAGAAUAUCCUGAACACCAGAGACGUGUAUGGCUGUGAACCCAGAGAGUGUGAAGAGGAUGAGCUCCUUGAUAUCCUGAAAAAAGACCUACCUCCAAUGAUUAAGAAGUUUGAGAUCUACGAGUUCCGCUUCUCAGAUUUUAACUGCACAGAGAUGGACCUGGUGAAGUGUGGGAUCCAGAUGUACUAUGAAGUCGGGGUGGUCAAGAAAUUUCAGGUCCCUCAAGAGGUGCUGGUUCGGUUCAUGUAUUCAGUCAGUAAAGGCUACAGACGAAUCACCUACCACAACUGGCGCCAUGGCUUCAACGUGGGACAGACCAUGUUUACACUAUUAACGACGGGAAUGCUGAAGCGAUACUACACUGACUUGGAGGUAAUGGCCAUGAUAACUGCAGGCUUCCUGCAUGAUAUUGAUCACAGAGGGACAAACAACUUGUACCAAGUCAAAUCUGGUAACCCCCUGGCCAAACUACACGGCUCCUCCAUCCUGGAACGACACCAUCUAGAGUUUGGAAAGUUCCUCUUGGCUGACGAGACACUGAAUAUCUACCAGAACCUUAACAGGCGACAGGUGGACCAUGUUAUUCAUCUCAUGGACAUUGCCAUCAUCGCCACUGACCUGGCUCUUUAUUUCAAGAAAAGAACCAUGUUCCAGAAGAUCGUGGACCUUUCACACACAUAUGAGGAUGAGAAGAAGUGGGUUGACUUCAUGUCUUUAGAAACAACCAGGAAAGAGAUCGUCAUGGCUAUGAUGAUGACUGCAUGUGACUUGUCCGCUAUCACCAAGCCUUGGGAGGUACAGAGCAAGGUUGCGUUGUCUGUAGCAGCAGAGUUUUGGGAGCAGGGUGACCUGGAGAGGACAGUACUGGAACAGCAACCCAUUCCCAUGAUGGACAGGAACAAGGCAGCCGAGCUUCCAAAGCUACAAUGUGGUUUCAUUGACUUUGUCUGCACGUUUGUCUACAAGGAGUUCUCUCGCUUCCACCCGCAAAUCCAGCCCAUGCUGGAUGGCAUCCUCAAUAACAGGAUGGAGUGGAAUGCUAAAAAAGAAGAGUAUGAAGCUAAACUCAAAGCUUUAGAGGAAGAGAAGGCUGCUAGAGAGGCGGCUGCAGCCAGUAAAGCUGCUGCAAACAACCCCAGUGGUGGAGGCUCUGGCUCCAAGACCUGCUCAGUGUGCUAG